AUGGAAAGAUCUUCAGCCUUCGAAUUCCUUCAGCAAACCAGAGCAAAGUGGGUUAUUCUGAGUGGAUACGAGAUGGUGAAAGAGGCCUUGGUCCACAAUGGCGACAGUUUUGUCGAUCGUGUGAUUAUGUCGAACGGGUAUCCAUGGAAGCAACAGAGGAGGUUUGCUCUCUCUACGCUGAGGAACUUUGGACUGGGCAAGAAGAGUCUGGAGCCAUCCAUCCAGAUUGAAGCGCAGUGUUUGAAUGAAGCAAUUCAGAGUGAACAAG